AUGAGGGGAUGCCUCACAUGUCGUCUGCGCCAUCUGAAAUGUGACAAAUCCGGUUCGAAAUGUAUCCGUUGUCAACGCUCUGGUCGCGAAUGUGUGCCGGCCCCCGGCAAAUCCGAAGAGGUCUCGUUCCGACACGGCCAGAACCCAUCCUUGCGAGGAAAGGGGCCCCCGAGAUAUGGCGAGAGUGAUCUCGCUUUUCCGGACGACCAGAUUUGGGUUGAGACCGCUUCCGACUUCGACUUCAAGGAUGAAACAGACCAGACAGCAGCGGAAUACUAUGUGGUACCUGUGACCAGGCAGGCGUCAGCUUCAAGAUCGUCGUCUGAACGGUCGACGCCUUCAUCUGCGAUGGAUUCUUCUUUGCCAACACCCAACCUCGUCACUCCUGCUUGCACCGUGGCAUCUCAAUUGGGUUCUGGGUCGAAUUCAGUGAAUUCUCCGCGUGCACCUACCACGCCCAUUGCCCAGCCGAGGCUAUCCAACCUCACCGAAGCCUUUCUGCUGCGGCAUUUUCAAAAGUACCUUGCCCCCUGGCUCGACGCAUUUAACCCUGAACGACAUUUCUCAACGGAUGUCAUUCAGCGCGCGACUCAAUCUCCAUUACUAUUGUAUGCAUGUCUCGCAGUGUCGGCAUGUCACCUGUCCCGAACAACGAACUCUAUCGCCGUCGACGUCGCUCACGGAUACCAUGAGCGCUGUAUCUCAAUCAUGCUCCCGGUCCUCGACAAGCCUGAGUUCGAGAUCGGGAUCGAAAUACUUCUCUCAUCCACAGUCAUUCUACGAUUUUUUGAAUCAAUCUCCUCCCAUAGUCCCCCAAACGACCAACAGCACCAUCUCCUAGCAGGUUCAGUUUAUGUCAGUUCCCAUGUGGACUCCGCUAUCACGGGCGGACUGGCGUCGGCUUCCUUCUGGGCCUAUGUCAUUCAAGAUAUUCAAUUCGCGCUUACCUACCAGAAAUGCCUUCGGCUAUCAUUUGCACCAUUCGAUGACCGCCUGCGAAGCUGGUGGGUCUCCAAGCCGGCCUUGAGCGACGGCGACUGGACAAACCGAGCUAUAUGGUUAUUGGCUGAGACUAUCGAUUUUUGUUAUAAUAUCUCAGGCCGAAGUCAUGAUGGUAGACUCGGGAGUCCCGGUGAGACUGCGCUCAAGCGUCGCGUUCUCGAGUGGGAGCUUGGUCGACCUGACACAUUUGUGCCAUUGCAUAUUUCACCGCCGGAUCCUGGGAAUGGGAAGCCUUUUCCUGUUGCUUGGUAUACGAGCUUGUGGCAUGCUACCGCGAUUCAGCAUAUCUGUCUCACUAAAUCGCUGAUGCUCAUUCGCGAACUCGAAUUUUACGAUCGGAACAUGUUGCAUUUAGAGCAACCUGUUAAACUAAGGAAUGACCUCGCCAGAACGCUUAAUUUUAUGUUCGGCAUCGCCACAUCUGCCGACGACGAUCCCUCACUACGUAUCACGGCUUGCCACGCACUUUUUGCUUGUGGCUCAUGGGUGGAAGACCCUGUUGUCCAGAACUUGCUGAUCGAUCUUCUUCGUCGAUCGGAAAGGGAGGAUGGCUGGCCAUGGGGAUAUAUGCACAACCAAGUCGUGCAAGCGUGGAGGCCGAUGUAG